GGUUUUCAAUUAACGGUUUGUGGUGUACGAUUGCGAACAGUUUUCUUUGUGAGUAUUGCGGUGCUAUUAGGAUUGCAUUUUGCAAUCAAAAUUUGAUUUCAAAAUACAACUUCGUUCUUAAUACGGUAACGGUUUAUUGCCUUCUGCAAAAAGGUAGAAUUAAGUUGAUGUGUUUUGAAUGGUUAGAAUUCGAUAAAGCUAACUCUGUUAGCUCGAUGAACUUGGUUGCCAGGGUCAGUGUUGGUGAAUAUGUUCAUUUGGUGAAGUAGUAAUAGAUUUAAUACAAAUACUGAUGUUCCGGAAGAAAACCAAUUAGAAUUUUUUUGGCAAAAAUACUGAUUAUAAACUAGGUACCUACCUGCCGGGAAAGAAAAUAUUGGAUGUUUAGGAAUUUACGUAAACGUGCUUUGAGUAACACCAACACAAUUGCACAGUGUAUGCCACCGAUAGCUAUCGGUGUAGUUGGAUAAACUAAGGAGGAUCAUCAAAUCAGCUGAACCGGAUUAGAUCGCCGUCCCGCGAUGGACGAACGGCGGGUGGCCGACUACUUCGUAGUGGCCGGCAUGCCCGAGAACCCAAAGCUUCUGAAGGAGAAUAUUUUCAAUGACUCGUCCCAUCUGCGGUCGGCCAACACGAUUGACCCGAUCACCGAUAUCGGUGUGUUCUUUCCAUCGCUGGGUGAAAAAAUUCCGGCAGACUAUGAAAUACUGGAGAACACUCCGACGGGGCUGCUGGCAGAUUUGAACUACGGUUCAGUGCGAACGGUAGCCUGCUUUCUGUACUUCCGCCGGGGGAAGGACAAACCACCGCUGGUCGAUAUCGGUGUCAUGUACGAGGGAGCGGAACGAAUAAUGUCCGACGCGGAAAUAGUCAUCAGCACGCCGGGCGAUCGGUUGGCCAACGUGAACAAUUCGUCCGCCAAAACGUUUCUCACCUUUCGAAGGGCAAAGAACGAUAUGCCCUGCAACGAACUGGUAGUGACGGAUCUUUGCGUGGUUAUUCCGUCCAAAGGGGAGAAGCCUCCGCAUGCCUUCUGUAUGAUUCACAAAACGCUCAAUAAGGGAAUCAUGGGUAGUGACGUCUAUUUGUGCUACAAAAAGUCUAUGAACAGACCGAAGCUGAUCAGCUAUCAGCCGGAAAUAUUGCACCGAUAUCCAACGGUGGAUCACAACGACUUUCCAUUGAAUUUAUGCCCGAGCGUACCGCUGUUCUGUUUGCCCAUGGGUACGACACUGGAAGCGUGGCCCCAUGUGCCCGGGGGCGACGGGAAGCUCAAACGGAAACCCAUACAACCUAUAUUCAGCACGUUCGUGCUAACUGUCAACGAUGGAACCUACAAAGUGUACGGUUCAGCCUUAACAUUUUACGAAGACUUUAGCGAGCGUCAACUCAACGACCAGCAACUGGAGCUGCUGGAGUGGAGCCCGGAUUCGCACAAAACUCAUUCGCUUCAUGUAAACAAAUCUAUUUGCCUUCUGUCGAGGUGGCCCUUUGGCGAUACGUUUGAAAAGUGGCUACAAUUUCUGCACCAAAUAUCAAUACUGAACGAACCACUGCCGGUACCGAUCGAACGCUACAUCACGCAUCUACUCGACGAAGUUCCCUUCCCGUCGCCCAGUAUUCUUCUCCAGCUAUCCAACCUAAGCAACGAUCGAAUACUGCUAACCCUUCCGGAGGACUCCCCUUUGCCGCGCAGCGGCGCCGGCUUCCGUCAGUUGCUCUCCAAUUUGGGAGCGGAAAACUGCCUUCACGUGCUGCUGCUCGUUAUGACCGAACAGAAAAUCCUCAUUCACUCGCUAAGACCAGCCAUUCUGACGGCCGUGGCGGAAGCCGUGUCCUCCUUCCUGUUUCCAUUCAAGUGGCAGUGUCCGUACAUUCCACUGUGUCCGCUGGGGCUUGCCGAAGUGCUGCACGCUCCCCUGCCGUACCUGAUCGGAGUAGAUUCGAGAUUUUUUGACCUGUACGAACCACCCAGCGACGUGACCUGUGUGGAUCUCGACACCAACAAUAUCAGCUUGUGUGAGUCGCAGAGGCAUCUUUCAACGAAACUGCUCCCGAAACGGGCAGCCCGAAUACUAAAACAAACGCUACGUAAUUUGGACGAACAGAAUCAAAGUACAGACAAGGAUGCCUCAAACAGUUUGGAUCGCGAUUUGAAGAAAAAGAAAAGGGAACAAAAUCUUGAGCAAAGGAUACAGGAAGCUUUUCUGCAGUUUAUGGCGUCCAUUCUGAAGGGAUACCGAGAGUAUUUGGUACCGAUUUCGCAAGCCCCAACGAGCCGAGCAACCGAUCCGGACGCCCUGUUUCAGAUGAACGCCUUCCUGAGAUCGCGAGAUAAGGCACAUCACAAAUUUUUCCAGCUGCUUAUGAAAACUCAAAUGUUCAUCAAAUUCAUCGAAGAACGAUCGUUCUUCUCCGACGGAGACCACAAUCUGGCCUUCUUCGACGAAUGUGCCGAGAAGGUGAGUGCCUUCGAAGAUACUCCCACUGAGAUUAAGCUGAUCGACUGGGAUUCCGGGCAGAGCAGCGAACGAACCAAGGUUAUAUUGCCACCCGAAUGCCAACCGGGACUGCCCGAGCAGAGCUAUCGCUACAGUUUCUUCCUGCUAAACCCGAUCCUGCUGAAGCAAUCGCGACGAAGCCUGCUGGCGCACGCUUUGCAGCAGCACAGCAGCCUCGCGCCGGGAUCACCGAUGGCACGGCGAACAAAAAUUGAAAUCAAAACCGCCCAAAAGUUAGCACGGAAAAAUCAAACCAAUCCCGAACUUUGGGCCAAACACCUGCUGGCCACCUGCUAUUCCAUCUACUUCAUAGUUCUGCCUAGUCUAAUCUCCGAAAAUGCUGGCCGAGAGCACGUCAUCCUUAAGACCGCCUACGACCUGCUCGGUAAAGCUUGUAAACUGAAGAUUCAGUGCGACGAAGUUUGCUAUCGCAUAAUGAUGCAACUGUGUGGAAUGCACAAUCUUCCCGUUCUGGCCGUCCGUCUGCACUACCUGAUGAAGCGUUCGGGAAUUCAACCGAACGCUCUGACCUACGGUUUCUACAAUCGAUGCGUGCUAGAAGCAAAGUGGCCUUCCGAUUCCAUCCUUUCCAGUCAGAUGCGAUGGAAUCGCCUACGAAACAUCGUUAUGGGUGCAGCUCAUUUCAAACGAGCCGGAAAGAAGUUUGCUGCCCGUCGAAGACUGUCCGCUUCUCAUGAGAAUAACCUCAACACGCUGGAAACGGUAGACGGAACGUCGCGAACCAGUUUGGACUCCGGUAUAUCCCAAGCGGAGCACCAAAGCGGUUCGACAAUGGAUUUCGCAGCAUUCGACAAACUGCGCGGUCGCCUAGGGACGAUCGUACGACAAACGGGAACCCCCCAGGAAUCCUCCGAUGUAGUAUCCAGUGCUGGGCUGCUGAUCAGUGGCGAAGGAACCCAUCUGAAAAUCAGUCCCAAAGAAAAGCAAACAUUCAAAGCACCCGCACCCGCAAGCCCGUGCGAUCUGAGCCCACGAAUGUUGGCCAGGGCUGACAGCUUCGCCGGUGACUCUAAAUUCAUAGAUAAACUGCAAAAGCAAGCACUGCAUUACACCAACGGUGGCACACCGAAGGGGGGAACCGUUGGUGACAACGCGGUUAACCGCGUAAAACGAGCACUGGAUUUUCAAGCCGAGAACGAAAACAGUUCCCAGGAGGAACUUGUGGACGAUAAAUCCGCCUCGAAGGUCAGCCCAACUAAGGUAUCUCCUCGAACGCUAGUGACUCAGGAUGAUCCACUCGGUGCCCUGAACGAUGACGGGCAUGACGAAGUGCUCGAAAUUCGGCAGUCCACCGAAAAGCUUUCGUUGAACAACAACAACAACAACAAUGGUGGCGGGCAGAAUGGGAUUCAUCACAACAACACUAUCUACACGGAUCAACCGAUUCUGUUCAAGGGACAACGGUCGGCGACGUUCGACGAUUCGCUGCAGCUGAACAAGAGUAUGCACCGGUCGGAAACGAUGCCGGUUGGCAGUUCCGUUACGUCCAGCUUCGCCAGCAUCGGUUCCUCGCUGAAGUUCAACUUUGGCCGCUACUCACCUGCACGUUUAUCCAUGAAAAAAGAUUUCAAAUCGCUCUCGACGAAUGUGAUAGAAAGCAUUUCCAGCGUCAGUCCAAGCCUGACGGGUAAGAAAUCCAACGAGAUCCUCCAGGGUGGUCUCAGUAGUAUUAAGAACGCUGCCACAUCGGUGGCGAAAAAACUAGACGAAAUUAAGGAGGCAAUUUCGGCCAACUCAACGCCAGUUAAAACGGGCUCCGGUACUAUCUGCACGAGCAAUGGACUGGUAGACGCAAAGGAUGGACACGGAUCGGAGAGUGAUCUGCUCAAUGAGGACGGCAGCACCGUUAAUGGGAAUCGUUCGCGCCGAGUGUCCAGUGAGUUUGACCUGUGGGGUCGGUUCAGCGAGUCUCGCAAAUCUAGCUAUAACAAUCUAGUGCCUCUGGGGGAGAACACGACCUCGAGCAAUAGCUUGAAUGCCUAUCCGACGCUACCGGAGAAUGUUUACCAGUCGAUACCGGAGGUGUCCGAAUCGAACGAGUCGGACUAUGUGAUACAGAUUAUGUCCUGCUCGCAGUGUCACAACUGUUUCGUGCUGCUGUACGAUGAGGACAUUAUGGCUGGGUGGUCGGCUGAGGAUUCCAAUUUGAAUACCAGCUGUCACGCUUGCAAUAAAGUUACGGUUCCAUUCCUGAAUGUACACAUUCUGUCCGAAGAACAGCGAAGAUUGACUUCCGCCCAGCAACAGCAGCAACCGCAACAGUCGGACGUGAUCAACGUGCCAUAUCUGAACCCGUUGGUACUUCGGAAAGAGUUAGAGAAUAUUCUUAACCAGGAGGGAGACUACGCUCUAGCCAAGGCUAGCUUUGUGGAGGAACAUCCCAUCAUCUACUGGAAUCUAGUGUGGUUCAUGGAACGAAUCGAUGUUAGCACGCAUUUACCAAAUCUGUGCCUACCGAAACAGGAAGGGGAGAAUGUAGAUCCACUUAGUAAUUUGAAGACCGUCUCAGUGCAGUGCUUGUGGGAUAAUCCUCGGCUGCAUUCCGAAGCUGGACCAGCAAUGUAUAUGCUUUGGAGGCAAAAUCAACCGUCCAGUCCGUUGCUGAAGGCACUGCUCACCGAUCAGACGUCCAUCAAUCGAGCCGUAAUGCAACAGGUCAUUGCUUCGAUCCGUUGCAACGAUUUGUUGACCCCAGUUAAGCGGCUAGCUAACGAACGACACAAGCUAAAACAUCGAGGUGUCGAUCGGACUCACUCUAUCUAUCGGGACAUCCUGUACCUGGCAUUCAUCGCAAUUGGUCGGGCCAACAUCGAUUUGAUCUCGUUCCACCGGGAGUACGCGGCCGUGUUCGACAAGCUAACCGAGAAGGAAUGCAACACCUACUACCGGGCGCAGGAUUUACCGCCGUCGUCAGCGGCUAUCUUUUGCCGGGCGUAUUUUAAACCGCUGAUGUUGCCUUGACCACUGCCCCGGCGAUACGAGUUCUGUUCGGGCUGGGAACCGAACUCGAACUCAGCCGCAGGUCGACAGAUCCGGCCAUCGCCUGCCGAACGCAAAAGGUGAGCCCAUCUACUACUCUGUAUUCUACGCGAUAGAGAUGUACUACUACUGUAAAUUAUUCUGCUUAGCCGACAAUGAACGAGAUACAAUACUACUUCUUGAAAUUAUAGGUAGGCCAAAUCGUCCCCCUCAUCUGGUUGGUUAUUAGAGAAAAAACAGCUCUUUUGUGAAUCAAGAGCAUAACUUUACUACUCGACAAGUACCUACAAGAAAUAUUUUCACUUCUACAUUAUUUCCACUUCAGUUACUAAGAGAAGCUAACCCUUUUUUUAAAGUAAAAUUUAGGUAAUGGCAUAAAAAUUAUAUCUAUUUCGUUACCUGCGUUUUGUUUUUAUGAAUAUAACCAAAAUGCUGGAUUUUUCCUGCAAAAAAUAAAUUAAUUAUUUCUGCGUUUUUUUAUUAAACGUUAUUUUUAUUAAACAAACGCAUUUCGUAACAGUAAAAAUCUCGUAAAUCUCCUAAACUUACAAUAUCCUAAAUAACUUGACUAAAUAACUGGAUCACAAACAGAAUUCCUGCAAACCACUAACUCAAAUUAACACAGCUCAACACACCUAGAAGUGUACUUUCCAGUAGCUGAAGUGGAAACUUCAAAAUGAGAUUAAUCAUUCACACUACAACAAACUGAUCAUCGCCUUGUUGUUGUCAUUGUCAUCAUGCUUUGCUCAAACACGAUGAACGGUAAAAUUGUUGUGAUAUGAGGCUGGCAAAAUAAAACAAUCAACCUAGUAAAAAACUGAACGCUUCAUGCGCCUCCUGUCCCGAGGACUGUUGUUACAACAACAGCACCACAAGCUAGGAAAAGAUAAAAUCAUUUUACUAUCGGAUUUGUGAUACUAAAAAGGAAAAGCUGCUCCAGAAAGCAAUCUACUUAAAUAAAUCAGCAAACUAAGCACGAGCGGCAAUCGGUGUUUCCAUUUUCAUCUGCUUCUUGAUGCUGGUUUUCUUUUAAAGCAAUUAAGGCUGAAGUAGGGCAAAAAAAACAAAGGAAUGUAUAAGCGAAGGAUGCAUACUCUAUUAUUUCUAAUUUCGUCUCAUUAAAACGCGCACCUAGGGACAACACUCCGUAACACUAUCGUAUUUGUUUGCUUUUACUUGUUAGACUAUAAUACUGUAUGACUCAUCAUCGUUUUCGCUACAGGGUUCGAAGAGGAAUAUAUAAUGUUACUGUGUAGGGCAAGCCCUGUUCUAAUGAGCAAGAAAAACUAGUUAAAAUAUUGUGUGGAAAAUAUAUA